GCUCCUUCUGCGCGUGAAAAAAGCUGGCGGUGACGCGCUCGGGGUACUGUUGUCGCCUUAAUCGCUUGCGAGCGAGAACCUGAUCUCUUAUCCAGACCGCCAUGUCCAUCUCUGAUAAAUCCAUAUAUCAACGACGUCCUCCCUCCUGUUUCUGAUCUUACUGCAACUCGGAUCUUCGAUUGGUUGACUCGGCAUCUGCUCGCUCUUUGACAGAUUUGGGUUCGUCAUCCUUCUUGAUUCGAUCUGGUAACUCGGUGAUUUGGUUCCUUUUUUUCAUCCUUAUUGGGCGCUCUGUUUCAGAUCUGUGAAAAUAUGGAUUCGAUGGACAUCGUUGGGAAAUCAAAGGAAGAUGCUUCCCUUCCUAAAGCAACUAUGACAAAAAUUAUUAAAGAGAUGUUACCCCCUGAUGUACGUGUUGCAAGAGAUGCACAAGAUCUAUUGAUUGAAUGUUGUGUCGAGUUUAUAAACCUUGUUUCAUCGGAGUCCAAUGAUGUCUGUAAUAGAGAGGAUAAAAGGACAAUUGCACCAGAGCAUGUAUUGAAGGCUUUACAGGUUCUUGGAUUCAGUGAGUACAUUGAGGAAGUUUAUGCAGCAUAUGAGCAGCAUAGGAUUGAGACCAAUCAGGACUCUUUAAGGGCUGGCAAGUGGAGCAAUGGAGCUGAGAUGACUGAGGAGGAAGCAUUGCUGGAGCAGCAAAGGAUGUUUGCAGAGGCGCGUGCUAGAAUGAAUGGUGGGGCCAUUGCUUCCAAGCAGCCGGAUGCUGGCCAAACUUUAGAUAGCUAACUUUAUGUUAGAAUAUAUUUAUUAUUUUCUUCAAGUAUAGGCAAAGCAUCUCUCUGCUUCUCAGUAGCUCUUCUAUGUACAAAAAAAAAAAAAAACAUUUACUAACUCGCUUGCCGAGGCAGAUGUGCUAGUUAUUUGAACCCUAUGAAACUAUAUAUUUAGAAGUUAAUGUAAUUAGUGAGAGUUCAUGAAAA